AUGGGUACUGGUGGAGCGAUGGGAACCGGCGGUGGUGGUAUAAUCGGAGUGGAUGAGGGGAAGGGCGAGCUAGCGUUGGAUGGGGAUGGGAUUGGGUCAGGACGCAGAUCGAGCGAGGCGAAGCUGGGAUUCAGAGAUGUUGGGCUAAGGCUUAGAUCGAGUGAGGUGGUCGGAGGCGAAGGAACUGGAGAGGGAGAAGGAGGAUCGAAAUCGAUUGGAAAGGAAGAAGGAAGAGCAGCGUCAAUGGGAGACGACGCGAUGAGGUUGACGCGACUCUGGUUUUCUAAUCUCACUAGCCUAAAAGAACUUGAUCUCAGUGAGAUUUCUUUCAAUGGUCCCUUUCUUGAUGAAUUUUCUAGUCUCAAAAACCUAGAACACCUAGAUUUAUCUGGGAUGACCCUCAAAGGUCAAAUUCCCCAUGUCAUCAGAAAUUUGUGCAAGUUGAAGAUACUAAAUCUUUGGGGGAACAACUUCUAUGGAGACCUUCAAGAGUUUUUGAGCGGUUCCUCAAACUGUUCGGAUAAUUGGGGAUGCUCAAUUCUAGAAUCUCUUGGAAACUUUUCAUCCUUGAAAUCACUGGACCUCUCUUCUAAUCUUAUGAAUGGUUCCAUUAAUCCUCAAAGUUUGGGACAACUCUCUCAGCUAGUUGACCUAGAUCUGUCUUGGAAUUCAUGGGAAGGAGUUUUAACUGAAUCCCAUUUCAUAAACCUCACGAGAUUAGAAGCUUUUCAAAUAGGCAGAGACAGAGCAGCAACCAAUUCGUCCCUCAUUUUUGACGUGGCUCAUGACUGGGUUCCUCCAUUUAAGCUCCACACAGUGCGCAUAGAAAACACCCGAGUAGGUCCCGCUUUUCCUGUAUGGCUUCAAUCACAAACUCAAUUAGUUGAUGUUCAGCUUAAAAAUACUGGAAUUUCGGGUAUAAUACCUGACGAGUGGCUCUUGAAGAUAUCUUCCCAAAUUGAAUCUUUGUAUUUACCUAAAAAUAACAUCAGUGGAAAGCUUCUGUUCCCAUUCAAGUUUCCAAAACUAACUGAAAUGGAUUUGCAUCAUAAUCAAUUUGAGGGCACACUCGAGCUAUUUCCCACUAACGCUCCUCUUCUGCACUACUUGGACCUCUAUGAUAAUCAUUUGACAGGAAGUAUUCCACCUUCUAUAUGUAAAAUGCAAUUUAUGGAAGUUUUUUCUCUAGGAAACAAUCAGUUAUCCGGAGAGCUUCCCCUAUCCUGGAGUUUGUGCGGAGAUAUAAGUGUUGUGGAUGUGGGAAACAACAAUCUCUCUGGUAAUAUUCCGAGUUCAGUGGGCGUCUGA